CUCCGUAGAGGUGGCAGUCACAGCCAGAUGGAGCCCAAAGAAGCCACUGGGAAAGAAAACAUGGGCACCAAGAAAAAGAACCUGACUUUCUUGCGGCCCAGGCUCUAUAUGCUGGAGAGAAGGAAGACUGACACUGUAGUUGACAGCAGUGUUUCUGGGGACCACUCGGGUACCUUGAGGAGGAGCCAGUCUGACAGGACCGAAUACAAUCAGAAACUACAAGAAAAGAUGACUCCACAAGCCGGGUGUUCUGCAUCUGAGACCCUAACUCAGGAGGAGGAGCAUCAGAUGGGGAGAAUGAUGGCAAAGCGUUCAAAAAUCAUCAAGGAGUUGAUACAGACGGAAAAGGACUAUCUCAAUGACCUAGAGCUGUGCAUUAAGGAAGUGGUUCAGCCCUUGAGAAGUAAACAGAUUGACCGGCUGGAUGUGGAUAGCUUGUUUAGCAAUAUUGAAUCCGUGCAUCAGAUAUCAGCCAAGCUGCUGUCGUUGUUGGAAGAGGCCACAACAGACGUGGAACCAGCCAUGCAAGUAAUCGGAGAAGUAUUCUUGCAGAUUAAAGGGCCUCUGGAGGAUAUUUAUAAAAUCUACUGCUAUCACCACGAUGAAGCGCACAGUGUACUGGAGUCCUAUGAAAAGGAGGAAGAGCUGAAGCAACAUUUGAGCCUCUGCAUCCAGUCCUUAAAGAAAAUAUACGUGCAAGAAAGCAAACCAAACUUACUAGACAUGGGCUCCUUGAUGAUCAAACCAAUUCAGCGUGUGAUGAAAUAUCCUCUAUUACUGUGCGAGCUUCGUAAUUCUACCCCUCCCUCUCACCCAGACUUCAGAGCCCUGGAGGAAGCCUUUGCUGCAGUGAAACACAUUAACGUAAACAUAAAUGAAUUUAAAAGACGGAAAGAUUUAGUUCUAAAAUACAAGAAGAAUGAUGAGGAUGAAUCACUUAAAGAUAAAUUGUCUAAACUAAAUAUUCAUUCAAUUAGCAAGAAAUCAAAAAGAGUGACAAAUCAUCUUAAGAUUCUGACCAGAGGAGAAUCACAGGUGAAAGACAACACCUUUAACAGAGAAGAAAAACUGUUUAGAUCUUUAGAAAAGACUGUGAGGCAUUGUGUGAAGAACAUUUCAUUCUGUCUUCAACACAUACAGGAUGCCAUGCCCUUAACUCUGCAGAGUGUAAUGGAGCUCCAGGAGAUUUCCUGCAACCAAGAGGAGGAGAGGGGCUGCUCGGAGGCCUCAAGCAAUGCCCCACAUCCUUAUGAUGACUUUGCAGCUCAUUUACAGAAGCUCGUCCUGAUGCCCCUGUCAGCCCUGCUGUCCCUGUUCCCAGGGCCUCAGAAGCUCAUCCAGAAACGCUAUGACAAACUGCUGGACUACAACAGCUACCUGCAGCGGGCAGCGGGCGAUGAGUCGGACUUGGCCAGAAAGGAAUAUGAAGCCCUCAAUGCCCAGCUUGUGGAAGAGCUCCAGGCGUUCAACCAGGCCGCGCGAAAGGUCCUUUGCAACUGUCUGUGUAGUUUCAUCACCCUCCUCAGGGACCUGAUGCUGGUGGCACAGCAGCUGUAUUCCACAGUGGUGCCGGUGCCACUGUUGGUUUCAAACAUCUCUGAAAUUCAGAAUCAAGUACUAGAAGAGGUUCAAAAUCUGAAUUUUGUAAAGAAUAACAGUGCCACCUUUAUUGAGAGGAAACUUAGUUUUGAAAAGAAGAAGCAUGUGCAAAUUCUGCCAGAAGUACCACGUCAAACUGAUACCCACCGUGCCAAACUUCUAUCUACUUACAGUACAGAGGAACUCUACCAAGCGAAGCGCAAGUGCAAUGCUACCCAAGAAUAUGACAUCAAUCUUCUGGAAGGGGAGUUGGUGGCUGUGAUGGAACAGAAGGAUCCACUGGGGAGUACGAGCAGGUGGCUUGUUGACACCGGAAUUAUAAAAGGAUAUGUGUAUUCUUCCUUCCUAAAACCCUACAAUCCAGCAAAAGUACAGAAGGUGGAUGCUGAGAACAGGCUCUAUGAUGACGAUUUUGAUAACAUCAGCCUCUUUGUGUCUUCACGGCCAGCUAGCGAUAAUGUCACAGGCACCCUGGAAGGUAGUAUAAGUGAUAGCAGCUCAUCUCUUAGUGGCACAUGUGGAAAGUUUGAAACAAAUGGCACUGUUGUUGACAGUUUUCAAGAGGUAGAUGAACAGAUUUACUAUGCUGUUCAUGCCUUUCAAGCCCGAAGUGACCAUGAACUCAGCCUUCAGGAAUACCAAAGAGUCCAUAUACUUAGAUUUUGCGACCUAAGUGGCAAUAAAGAGUGGUGGUUAGCUGAAGCUCAAGGGCAAAAAGGAUAUGUGCCAGCUAACUACCUUGGGAAGAUGACUUAUGCUUAAGAAAAUAAGGCUUUUGACAUUUAUUUUCUGGCAAGUUGUUGAUUGACUACCUCAUAAAACUGACAUUACAAUGUCAGCCUAGAAAUCAAGAAACCUCCAAACUACAUGAAUUGAUACUGUAUCAGGUUUUAAGGAACACGGUGCUUCCUAACACGAUUAUUUCAAAAUGUACUGUGGAAAAUACAUGUUGAAGGAAACAGUAAACAGAGACAGCAAAACAAACAGCCCAAGCUCCAGUGAUCAACUACUUACAAGUGGAGAGAUUUUGAGAGUGUGUGUUCUUUACCAUCAUGAAAGGCUGGAUCUAAGGACAGGUUUUUUCCAAUUUACUGUAUUUUAUUUUUCUGUAUGAUGUAUUUUGCCUCAAAAAGGUUUGUUGUUUUCCAUGUCCCCCUCUUGCAUAUGCAUG